AUGUCAGAUGCACAGGAUCCAUUGCUGGCAGCUUUAAAUGGUGGUGGAAGGGAAUCAAGGGGAGAAACUGAACAACCGGCUCCUAAUGCAGAUGUGGCGGUUAACCCAGAACAAGAUGCUCGUAAUAAAGCUUUGUCCCAAUUCAAAAAGAAGCUUCUUGAGCAUAGACGGUAUGAUGAUCAAUUGAAGCAGAGGAGACAAGAUAUACGAGAAUUGGAAAGGCAAUAUGAAAAGACAGAACAAGAUAUUAAGGCCCUACAAUCUAUUGGCCAGCUUGUCGGUGAAGUGAUGAAAGAGCUUUCAGAAGAAAAGUACAUUGUCAAGGCUUCUAGUGGACCAAGGUAUAUAGUAGGUGUGAGAAAUAGUGCUGACCGUUCCAAAUUGAAGAAGGGUGUCAGGGUUACAUUAGAUAUAACGACGUUAACCAUCAUGAGGAUCUUGCCUCGCGAAACCGAUCCACUGGUCUAUAAUAUGACGACAUUUGAGCCAGGUGAGAUCAGUUUUGAUGGAAUUGGUGGUUUGACUGAGCAGAUAAGAGAACUAAGAGAGGUCAUCGAGUUGCCUUUAAAGAAUCCUGAAAUUUUCCAGAGAGUUGGUAUUACGCCACCAAAGGGUGUUCUAUUAUAUGGCCCACCAGGUACGGGUAAAACCUUGCUUGCCAAGGCGGUUGCAGCCACCAUUGGAGCCAAUUUCAUCUUUUCUCCAGCUUCUGGUAUUGUGGACAAGUAUAUCGGUGAGUCUGCUCGUAUUAUCAGAGAAAUGUUUGCAUAUGCGAAGGAGCAUGAACCAUGUAUUAUAUUCAUGGAUGAAGUUGACGCAAUCGGCGGUCGUAGAUUCAGCGAAGGAACGUCUGCGGAUCGUGAAAUUCAGCGUACAUUGAUGGAACUACUCACCCAAAUGGACGGUUUCGAUAAUUUGGGUCAAACGAAGGUCAUUAUGGCCACCAAUAGACCAGACACAUUAGAUCCUGCAUUGUUAAGACCGGGUAGAUUGGACAGAAAGAUUGAAAUUAGUCUUCCAAAUGAAGCCGGUAGGUUAGAGAUUUUCAAGAUCCACACAGCUAAGGUGAAGAAGAAUGGUGAAUUCGACUUCGAAGCUGCAGUCAAGAUGAGCGAUGGCUUCAAUGGUGCCGAUAUCCGUAACUGUAUUACAGAGGCUGGUUUCUUUGCCAUCAGAGAUGAUCGUGACCACAUUAUUCAGGAAGAUUUGAUGAAAGCUGUUAGAAAGGUUGCGGAGGUAAAGAAGCUAGAAGGUAAGUUAGAAUACCAGAAACUCUGA